GACGCGCAUGCGCAUCUCGCUACGUCCCUCCUUUAAGAUAAGUAUGGUGGGCGAAGCGCGCCGGGCUAUUGUAGGUUAAAUUUAGUGACUUCGAGAGCUGCACACAAGUUUACAAGGUCGACCAACAUUUCAUGGAAGACGCGGAACUACAACUUUCAGACGCCCCCAUCACUGAAAUGCUGGACACUGAGUCCCCUGCCAUGGAGAGCAAUGGGGAUGCCUUUCUUCCUGACCUUCCUGUUAUAGGCCAAACUGCUGACUGGUCCCCUGACCAGGUUGCUCCAGAACCACUCACGAAUAUCUUACCCGAGGACUCUGAUGCGUCCCAGGAUGCUCCACUACAACUACAACAACAACAACAACAAUCCCCAAACGAGCAAAUGAGUUCCCCGGAGCUGGGAUCUGUGGAGAAGGCCGUGGAACAGUUUCAGAUUGCCAGUGCCCAGCUCUUCCAAGUUGAACAGCCACCACCUCCACCACUGCCCGCGGAAGAGGAAGAGCCGCCGCAGCCGCCAGCAGAACACGUACCGGAGCCUGUAGAACCUGAGCCAGAAGGCCAGGAGAUGACCGUUGCGCCAGAACCAACAGAUGGCACUGAGGUUCAGCAGAUGACAGAGGAUGGGAUGGAACUCGAAGAACCAGCCAGGGAGGCAACAGAAGAAGCUGUUGCUUUGGAGCCAAGUGAGUUUGAAAAACUCUUCAAACAAUGUGAGGAUAACCCAGAAGACUUCAAUGGCUGGGUCUACUUGCUGCAGUUUGUGGAGCAAGAGAAUUAUCUUCCAGCUGUGAGAAGCGCAUUUGAUGCUUUCUUCCUACAUUAUCCGUAUUGCUAUGGCUACUGGAAGAAGUACGCUGACAUUGAGAAAAAGCAUGAGAAUAUACAGGUUGCGGAAGAGGUAUACAGAAGAGGCUUACAGGCUAUCCCUCUCAGUGUGGAUCUGUGGCUGCAUUACCUGACCUACAUCAAAGAGAACUCUGACCUGAGUGACCCAGAGACCGAGGGGCGCAUCAGAGCUGCCCAUGAACAUGCAGUGCUCGCAGCAGGCACAGACUUUCGCUCAGACCGUCUUUGGGAGUCCUACAUCAGCUGGGAGACGGAGCAGGAGAAGCUGGCUAAUGUUACCGCCAUCUAUGACCGCGUCCUGGGCAUCCCAACCCAGCUGUAUUCCCAGCACUUCCAGAGAUUCAAAGAUCACGUGCAGAACAACAACCCCAAGCACUUCCUGUCAGAAGAGGAGUUUGUGCAGCUGCGGCUCGAGCUCUCCAAAGCCAGCCUAUUGGCGAUGAUUGGCGAGGUUGAGGAGACGCCCAUUGCCUCUGAGGACUUGCCGCCGGGCAUGGAUGAUCUCGUGGAUCCUGCAAAGAGAGUGACUGAGAUCGAGAACAUGCGCCACAAGGUGAUCGAGGUUCGGCAGGAAGUGUUCAACCACAACGAACACGAAGUCAGCAAGCGCUGGGCCUUUGAAGAGGGGAUAAAAAGACCAUACUUCCACGUGAAAUCCUUGGAGAAGACCCAGCUGAACAACUGGAAGGAGUACUUGGACUUUGAAAUUGAAAACGGGAUCCCUGAGCGCGUGGUCGUUCUCUUUGAACGAUGCCUCAUCGCUUGUGCUCUCUACGAGGAGUUCUGGACAAAGUAUGCAAAAUAUCUAGAAGGCUACAGCAUUGAUGGUGUUCGACAUGUCUACAAGAAGGCCUGCUCCACCCAUUUGCCCAGGAAGCCAGCCAUCCAUCUGCUGUGGGCCGCUUUCGAGGAGCAGCAAGGUAAUGUGGAGGAGGCCCGUGGCAUCCUGAAGUCGCUGGAGGAAGUGGUCCCGGGUCUGGCCAUGGUUCGUCUUCGGAGGGUCAGUCUUGAGCGUCGUCAUGGGAACUUGGAGGGGGCGGAGGCCCUGUUGAGGGAGGCCAUGGAGUCCGCGAAGAACGUCACGGAGACAUCGUUCUAUGCUGUGAAGCUGGCCAGGCAGAUGAUGAAGGUGCAGAGAAGUCUGAGCAAGGCCCGGAAAGUGCUGCUGGAUGCCAUCGAGAGAGACCAGACAAGUCCGAAGCUCUUUCUUAACCUGCUUGAGCUGGAGUACAGUGGGGAUGUGACGCAGAACGAGGCGGAGAUCUUGGCCUGUUUCGACCGAGCCUUGCAGAGCCAGAUGCCCCUUGAGUCGCGCCUCCUCUUCUGCCAGCGCAAGGUUGAGUUCCUCGAGGACUUUGGCAGUGACAUCAAUGUGCUUGUGGCUGCAUACGAGGAAAACGAAAAGCUACAGAAAGAAAGCGAAUCCUCAAAGAGGAAGGCCGAGAACGGGUAUGACAGCUCCCAGGAGCCUGAUGCCAAGAGGCUGCGUAUGGAGGACGGUACUAUGGGAGACGUCUCCGCGGCGACGGACCCAAACGCGAGCAACUCUGCAUACAACAGCUGGUACCAGCAGCAAUAUGGCGGUUGGGGACAAAACUCCUGGGGACAGUACAACCAGUAUGCCCAGUACAACCAGUACUACCCUCCUCCCCCAACAUGAUGAAUGAAAUCCGGACAUUAAGAUGGAGACUCGGAGGAAGACAUCCUUUCUGACCUGCCUAAAAUGUCUAAACAGGGCUACUUAAUAUGUUGUCAUGGAGAUUUUCAACCAAUGAAGCUGUUAGUUUCUUCUUUCUGGUUUAAAGUGUGCAGCCCAUUGGUUGAAAUAAUAACACACACAGGGCUCCGUGACAGUCAUCUUGAUUGGUCAUGUUUAAUAAAAAAAAAAAACAAUGAAUUGCUACAUUCAUCUCCAACACAGGCUACUUUCUUUGGUUCUUUAAUGCAUGUUAUUUGUGAAGGCAGAUAUUUUUUUUUUCUUGUGAUUAAAGCAUUUUAAUUCUUAGAUUGUUUGACUUGGUCUCUUUCUUUGCGCUUUUAAGAUUUAAACUUGUAAAGGAAGCAAACUGUGAUGUCCCUCUGAGUCUCGCUCACCCUACCAACCUGAAAGAUUUUUAAUGUUAUGCUUAAUGUUUCCAUAGAGAAAAUGAAGAGUUCCCUUUUUUUUUUAUUUUGUCUUGAUUUCAUAAUAAAGAGAUUAAUUUCCCGAA